UUUGCAGAGAAUGCUGCUGGUUUGAGUGCACCUAGUGUGUCUUGCCCACUGACAAAGGCAGAGGAUCCAUUGUUCCUACCAUCACCUCCAGCUAAACCUAAAAUAAUUGAUUCUUCUAAAACAUCAAUAACUUUGUCUUGGAACAAGCCAUUAUUUGAUGGUGGUUCUCCAGUUACAGGAUAUAUGGUGGAAUAUAGGAAAACCAAUGAUGAUGACUGGACACUUGGUGUUAGUAACACUAAGAGCACAGAGUUCACUGUGGUGGGACUCACUUCAGGAGCAGAGUAUGUCUUUGUAGUCAGAUCACUUAACAAAAUUGGUCAAAGUGAGCCAAGUCCUGAAACUGAUCCUCAGAUAGCAAAAGACAGAGAAGAUGAGCCAGUUUUCCUAAUCAGUAAUGAAAUGAGGAAGACACUGAUUGUCAAAGAUGGCAGCUCAUUUACACUUAGAGUCCCAUUCAAGGGAAAGCCUGUACCAAAUGUAAUGUGGAACAAACCAGAUGUUGAUCUGAGAGUGAGGGCUGCUAUUGAUACAACCGAUAACUGCACAUCUAUCACAAUUGAGCAAGCUACAAGAGAUGACUCAGGGAAAUACACUGUAACCCUCCAAAAUGUUGCUGGAACUUCUACACUGACAUUGAGUGUAAAGGUCCUAGAUUCUCCAGGCCCACCAGCCCACAUUGAAAUAAAGGAAGUCACCAAGAGCUCUGCAACUAUUACAUGGGAUACUCCUGAGAAUGAGGGUGGUGCUCCAGUCAAGAACUACCUUGUUGAUCUUCGUGAGGCAACAAAAAUGGGCUGGACCAGAAUUACAGACAGUUGUCCCAGGUUGACUUUUAAAGUUAAUGAUCUUCAAGAAGGGGGUGUUUAUUAUUUCAGAGUUACCGGUGAAAAUGAGUAUGGUAUAGGAGUCCCACUUGAGACCAAAGAAGGAACAAAGAUUACAGAAAAACCAAGUCCACCUCCCAAGCUUGGAGUCACUGAUGUCACAAAAGACAGUGUCUCACUAGCAUGGCUUAAACCAGAACAUGACGGAGGUAGCAGAAUUACAAAUUACCUGGUUGAGGCUCUUGAAAAAGGACAACAAAAAUGGAUAAAGUGUGGUUCCACCAAAUCAACUCACUUUGUUGUCUAUGGAUUGAGAGAAAAUGCUGAAUACUACUUCAGAGUUCGAGCUGAAAACCAUGCUGGACUUAGCGACCCCAAGGACAUGAGCAAGCACAAACUGGCAAUCUCCCCUGUUGAUCCUCCAGGCACACCUAACUGCAUUGAUGUUACAAGAGACUCUGUAACACUUCAGUGGGAACCACCGAAGCGUGAUGGAGGCAGUAGGAUUGUGGCAUACAGUGUUGAAAGGCGUCAAGGAAGAGCACGUUGGUUGAGAUGCAAUUUCAUUGACAUCAGCGAAUGUCAGUUUACUGUAACAGGUCUUGCUGCUGGUGAUCGCUUUGAAUUUAGGGUAAUUGCCAGGAAUGCUGUCGGAACAGUUAGUCCACCUUCUCAGUCAUCUGGCUACAUCAUGACCAAGGAUGAAAGUGUUAUCCCUGAGAUUCAGUUUGAAGCUGAGAAGACCCUCACCAUCAAGGCAGGAGAAAAUAUUAAACUCAACUGCAGUAUAAGUGGCCGCCCUGUACCUCAAGUCACAUGGUAUAAAGAUGGAAAGGAAGUUGAUAAAAUGCUGGUUGACAUCACAACUGUUAUUGGAUCAAGCUCACUGUUCAUCAGAGAUGCUGACCGCAAUGACCGUGGUAUCUACACAGUUGAGGCCAAGAACAGUUCAGGCACAACAAAAGUGGAUGUUCUUGUCAGAGUACAAGAUACCCCUGGACCACCUGAGGGCCCGCUCCGCUUCACAAAUAUAUCUGCAGAGAAAGCAACUCUUUGGUGGAGCCCACCUGAAAAUGAUGGUUGUGCACCUAUCACUAAUUAUGUAAUUGAGAAGCGUGAGACUUCCAGAAUUUCUUGGGCACUUGUAACAUCCAAGUGUGAAGCCUGCUCCUUUAAUGCCACAAAACUGAUUAAAGGCAAUGAAUAUCAGUUCCGUGUAUCUGCUGCCAAUAAAUUUGGUGUGGGCAAGCCACUAGAGUCUGAGCCAAUCAUUGCUCAGAUGCAAUACACGGUACCAGAUGCUCCUGGAACACCUGACUGCACCCAUGUGACAGGAAACAGUAUCACUCUAUGCUGGACAAGACCGAGACAUGAUGGUGGAAAUGAGAUUAAGCAAUAUAUUCUUGAAAGACGAGAAAAGAAGAGCUUAAGAUGGGUGAAGGUUUCUGCAAAGAGACCAAUAUCUGAGCUUAGGCAUAGAGUAACAAACCUUACAGAAGGAAAUGAAUAUGAAUUCCGUGUUAUGGCUGAAAAUGGUGCUGGAAUUGGACCUGCAAGUGGUACAUCCAGAUUGUUCAAAUGCAGAGAACCAACAAGUGCACCCAGUGCUCCAACUCUGGUGAAGGUAAUUGAUUCCACCAAGAUGUCUGUUACCUUGGAAUGGACCAAACCAGUGUUUGAUGGUGGUAUGGAAAUCAUUGGUUACAUUAUUGAGAUGUGCAAGGCAAGCCUCGAGGAAUGGCACAGAGUCAACAACCAGACUUGCAUCCACACACAUUACGCAGUAACAGAGUUAGAACCUGGUGAAGAAUAUAAAUUCCGUGUGUGUGCAGUCAAUGGUGCUGGCAAGGGAGAAUUCUCUGAGACUCCAAAUGUAGUUCAAGCAGUUGAUAGACUGACCUCACCUGAAAUUGAUAUAGAUGCAAACUUCAAGCAGACACAUGUUGUGAAGAGCGGCGGAACAGUUACACUUCAUAUUCCCUUCUGUGGAAAGCCAGCCCCACUUGCCACAUGGACAAAGGCAGAUGGAGAUCUUGGUGUAAUGGUGGAUAUUAAUACCACAGACACAUUCAGCACUUUGACAAUUGAAAAUUGCACCAGGUAUGAUGCUGGCAAGUAUACACUCUCUCUUGAAAACAACAGUGGUCGUAAAGCCAUUACAUUAACAGUCAAAGUGUUGGACACACCUGGCCCUCCUGGACCUCUCUCAUUCAAGGAUGUAACAAGAGGUGCUCUGACACUCAUGUGGGAUGCACCAUCCAAUGAUGGAGGUGCACGUGUUCAUCACUACAUUGUUGAAAAGCGAGAGGCAAGUCGGUUAAGUUGGCAAGAGGUCAGUGAAAAGUGUACACGUCAAAUAUUAAGAGUGGCCAACCUUGAUAUUGGUGUAGCAUAUUUCUUCCGGGUUAUUGCUGAAAAUCAGUAUGGCAAAGGUGAGCCAUUUGAAAUGAUGGAACCUAUUAUAGCCACAGAAGAACCUGCACCUCCUAAGCGACUGGAUGUCAUUGAUACUACAUCCUCAACAGCCAGUUUAGUAUGGAUGAAGCCUGAGCAUGAUGGUGGAAGCCGCAUUACUGGAUACAUUGUUGAGACUAGAAAGAAGGGUUCUGAUCACUGGGUUGUAGGUGGUCAAACCAAAUCUUUAAAAAUGGUUCUUGAAGGCUUGGUUGAGAACACAGAAUAUGAGUUCCGUGUUAAGGCUCAGAAUGAUGCUGGCAUUAGUCAGCCACGAGAUGCCCUAGCCUCUGUCAUUAUAAAGGAGCCACGUAUAGAGCCAACAGCGGAUCUCAGUGGCAUAGAUAAACAGCUCAUCACUUGCAAAACUGGAAAUUCCUUUACAAUUGAUAUUCCAAUCAGUGGCAGACCAGCCCCCAAGGUAACAUGGAAGCUUGAAGAAAUGAAACUUAAAGAAACAGACAGAGUGUCGAUUAAGAUUUCUAAAGACAGAACAACUCUACUGGUUAAGGAUGCCAAGAGAGGUGACAGUGGAAAGUACUAUCUCACACUUGAAAAUGUAGCUGGAUCAAAAACAUUCACUGUCACUGUCAAUGUCAUUGGUAGACCAGUCCCACCAACUGGACCUGUUGAAAUUUCAGGAAUAUCAUCAGAAUCCUGUGUAUUGACUUGGGGAGAAUCUGCAGAUGAUGGUGGAACAGACAUAACCAAUUAUAUUGUUGAGAAACGUGAGUCUGGCUCCACAAAAUGGCAGGUUGUGAAUUCAAGUGUGAAACGGACCACCAUCAAAGUAACUCAUCUCACAAAGUACAUGGAGUACACUUUCAGAGUCUGUGCUGAGAACAAGUUUGGUGUUAGCAAGUCUAUUGAAUCUCAAGCUAUUGUUGCUGAGCAUCCAUUCAUCUCACCAAGCCCACCAACUCGCCCAGAUGUAGUUUCAGUGUCUGCUAAUGCAAUUUCUAUCCGCUGGGAUGUGCCAUAUCAUGAUGGUGGAAGCCAAGUAACUGGAUACUGGAUUGAGAAAAAGGAGCGUAAUACCAUUCUGUGGGUGAGGGAGAACAAGAUUCCUUGCCUUGAGUGUCACUACAAGGUCUCUAACCUUAUUGAGGGCCUCGAGUAUCAGUUCAGAGUAUAUGCAAUGAACAUCGCUGGUUUGAGUAAAGCAAGUGAACCAUCAAGACCAGUACUGGCUCUAAAUCCAGUUGAUCCACCUGGCAAACCAGAGGUUUAUGAUGUAACCAAGACGUCAGUGUCUAUUAAAUGGUCUAUACCAUUCAAUGAUGGUGGCAGC